GGCCGGGAGGCCCCGCCCCCCGCCCACGAGGAAGUGGCUGCUGCGCCGCUAGGGGCCCAGAGCCGGUUCGGCGCGUCGACUGCCCAGAGUCCGCGGCCGGGACGCCCCGAGGCCAGGAGCUGAGCGGCCAUGGCUUACCACAGCUUCCUCGUGGAGCCCAUCAGCUGCCACGCCUGGAACAAGGACCGCACCCAAAUUGCCAUCUGCCCCAACAACCACGAGGUGCACAUCUAUGAGAAGAGUGGGGCCAAGUGGGUCAAGGUACAUGAGCUCAAGGAGCACAAUGGGCAGGUGACAGGCAUCGAUUGGGCCCCCGAGAGUAACCGGAUUGUGACCUGCGGCACAGACCGCAACGCCUAUGUGUGGACGUUGAAGGGCCGCACGUGGAAGCCCACGCUGGUCAUUCUGCGGAUCAACCGAGCUGCCCGCUGUGUGCGCUGGGCCCCCAACGAGAACAAGUUUGCUGUGGGUAGUGGCUCCCGUGUCAUCUCCAUCUGCUAUUUUGAGCAGGAAAAUGACUGGUGGGUGUGCAAGCACAUCAAGAAGCCCAUCCGCUCCACGGUCCUCAGCCUGGACUGGCACCCCAACAAUGUGCUCCUGGCUGCGGGCUCCUGCGACUUCAAGUGCCGGAUCUUCUCAGCCUACAUCAAGGAGGUGGAGGAGCGGCCAGCACCCACCCCUUGGGGCUCCAAAAUGCCGUUUGGGGAGCUCAUGUUUGAGUCCACCAGUAGCUGUGGCUGGGUGCAUGGCGUCUGCUUCUCGGCCAGUGGCAGCCGUGUGGCCUGGGUCAGCCAUGACAGCACCGUGUGCCUGGCUGAUGCCGACAAGAAAAUGGCCGUCGCAACUCUGGCCUCUGAAACAUUGCCGCUGUUGGCCCUGACCUUCAUCACUGAGAACAGUCUGGUAGCAGCGGGCCACGACUGUUUCCCAGUGCUGUUUACCUACGAUAGCGCCACAGGGACGCUGAGCUUCGGCGGGCGGCUGGACGUGCCCAAGCAAAGCUCGCAGCGUGGCCUGACGGCUCGCGAGCGCUUCCAGAACCUGGACAAGAAGGCGAGCUCGGAGGGUGGUGCGGCUGCUGGCUCAGGCCUGGACUCACUGCACAAGAACAGUGUGAGCCAGAUCUCGGUGCUCACCGGGGGAAAGGCCAAGUGCUCCCAGUUCUGCACCACAGGCAUGGACGGUGGCAUGAGCAUCUGGGACGUGAAGAGCCUGGAAUCAGCUUUGAAGGACCUCAAGAUCAAAUGACCUGUGAGGAAUAUGUUGCCCUCAUCUCAGCUGCUAGGGGAGGGGGUCAGGGAGGCUAAGGGUUGCUUUGCUAAGUGUUUCUAGGGUACCAGUUUGGGUCCUCAUGGGGACUGUGCUCCAUCCAGCAGUGGGGGGUGGGGGAGCUUUUCUUACCUAUUCGAGGAACAUAUGCCUUUUUCUUAAAGAAAUGCUUCCAUCUAUUGUUAAAAAACAAAUGUUCCCAAAGCACUGUGCUGGUCAUGAACUGCUUCAGAAACAUGGAGGGAAUAAAAAAUUAAUCAUACACCUGG